UUCAAAUUUAUUUACUACAAAAUAUACACACACACAUAUACAUAUAUAUAUGUUAAGCUGUAAAAAUAUCGUUGCCAGUGUGUCUGACUGCCACCAAGUCUAGUGCUAUCUACUCGAAGCUUACAUUGUAGCUUCGCUUCUAUCUGCAAUCAGCAGCUAAUGCAAAUAUUUAAUGAGUCUCGAGUCUCGAGUCUGAGUCUGAGUCGAGAGGCACAGAAGCUCAGUUCGUGAUCGAGCAAUGGGAUCUGCGCUGGGGCGUGGAUUAAAGCUAUAGUCAAUUUGAUAUCGGGCUGAGGGCAUCGCUAGCUACAGCAGCAGCAGCUGGAGUAACAACAACAACUGAUGCUUCUACUGUUGCUUCUCAUUUCAGAUACAAAUCGAGAGAACGGCUGCAAAAUGGAUCCAGACUGCUUCGCCAUGUCCUCGUACCAGUUUGUCAACUCGCUGGCCUCGUGCUAUCCACAGCAGAUGAAUCCACAGCAGAGCCAUCCGGGCGCCAAUGCCAGCACGGGCAGCAGCAACGGCGGUGCGGGCGGCUCCAAUGGCGGGCAGGGCAACUCGGGCGCCGCGACGCCCGGCAGCAACGAUUACUUUCCAGCAGCGGCCGCCUAUACGCCAAAUCUUUAUCCCAACACACCGCAGGCGCACUACGCUAACCAAGCUUAUGGCUUGGGUGGUGGCGGAGGCGGCGGCGGCGGCGGCGCAGCUGUCGGGGGACAGGCAAAUCCCGAUAUGGUGGACUACACACAGCUGCAGCCGCAGCGAUUGCUGUUGCAGCAGCAACAACAACAGCAGCAUGCGCAUGCAGCGGCCGCCGUUGUUGCACAGCAGCAACAGCAGCAGCAGCAGCAAUUGCCGCAGCAACACCCGCAACAGCAGCAACAGCAGCAGCAGCAGCAACAGCAAUCGAACAUUAGCUGUAAAUACGCCAAUGAACCGUCAACGCCUGGCGGCGGCAACAACAAUAACAACAACAGUGCUAAUAGCAACAACAACAAUCAGUCGCUCGCCAGCCCGCAGGAUCUCUCCACGCGCGACAUCUCGCCCAAGCUCUCGCCCAGCUCCGUCGUUGAGAGUGUAGCGCGCUCGCUUAACAAAGGCGUCCUGGGCGGCAGUUUGGCAGCCGCCGCCGCCGCCGUUAGCCUCAAUAACAAUCAUGGGGGCAGCGGCGGCGGUCCCGGCGUUCCGGGCGUCAAUGUGCCCAUGCACAGUCCCGGCGGCGGCGACUCAGACUCGGAGAGCGACAGCGGCAACGAGGCGGGCAGCAGUCAGAACAGCGGCAACGGCAAGAAGAAUCCGCCACAGAUCUAUCCCUGGAUGAAGCGAGUACAUCUCGGACAGAGUACUGUGAAUGCCAAUGGCGAGACGAAACGACAACGGACCUCAUACACCCGCUAUCAGACGCUGGAGCUGGAGAAAGAAUUCCACUUCAAUCGCUACCUGACGCGCCGACGACGCAUCGAGAUCGCGCACGCUCUGUGCCUGACGGAGCGGCAGAUCAAGAUCUGGUUCCAGAAUCGGCGCAUGAAGUGGAAGAAGGAGCACAAGAUGGCGUCGAUGAACAUUGUGCCGUACCACAUGGGCCCCUAUGGCCAUCCCUACCACCAGUUCGAUAUCCAUCCGUCGCAGUUUGCGCACCUGAGCGCAUAGGACGCGUGGCACUUUUCGGGUACUGGUUAGAGACUCAAUCAGUUGUAUCAGGAACCAUAUCAGGCGGCGGCAGCAGCCAGCGUAGCCAGCGGAGGCGGCGGUGGUGGCGGCGGCGGUUAUCAGUCGCAGGCCUCCUCCCAGGAUGUCAGCACGGCGGCGGCGCUCGGUAGCGCCAGCGUCGGCGGCGGAGGUGGCAGCAGCAUUAGUGUCGGCAACGGCCCCAAUUCGCUGUUCGGCUCCGCCGUGUCGGUGGCCAAUGCCAGCCAGGCCAAUGCCGAUUGCAUCAAGUAUCCGCAAGAGUUCUGAUCUCAGGUUAUCAUCAGGCAGCAGCAGCAGCAGCAGCUACAGCAGCAGCAACAGUUACAACAACAGCAGCAACAGUCGCUUGAGAAGCUGCUGGAGUUGGACUGUGAGCCCGAGCCAGAUCCCGAAUCGGAUCUGGAGUACAAAGCGGAUAUUGUUGGCUGCAACUUAUUCUGCUGUUGAGCUGCGCUUCUCUCUCGCUCUCUCGCUCUGCUUGCGUCGCUCUGCCGCCACUGUCGCUGUCGCCGUCGAUCCACCAACAUCAAAGAUGAUACUUCUUGUUUGCAACUGAUUCGUGUUAAGCUGAGAAACGAGCCGCGUUGCCGGAGUGCGGCUCGUUUGGGUUUAUGAUACUGGAACUGGUGGGAGCAACAACAACAA